CAUAGUUUUGAAACAUUAAUUUUUUAAAAUUAAAUCUAUGUAUAAAUAUAAAUAUUAAUGGUCAACAUAUAAUAUUAGAGAUCGUGAAAAAUCCAAUAAGAAAAACAUUUAGAGACGGAAGAAAUAAUAAAUACUUAUAAUUCACAAAUUAUAAAUUUUAUUUUGUACUCCUCAUUUGUGUGGGAGUAAAAGUGUGUAAAACCGAGCUAGGAUUAGGGAAGAAGCGCCAAACAGAGGAAGACGCAGAGAAAACCGGUCACAGAGACAUGGCAUCUAGCUUGAAAACCCUAAUCCCCAAAGUUACCCCUCUUCCUCUCUGGUCCAGACCUUCUCCCUCCCGCCCAUUUCGCCACAAAUUGAAUUUACCCAUCUCGCGAUCUGAUUCCCUCUUUCAUCCCCUGUGCUCACUGACAGGAAAAAGCUGUGACGGGGCUCUGCCGAAGGGAGUUGGUGAGGCUGUUAGUGGAGCUUCAAAGAAUUGUGUUCUUCAAGUGGUUUUAGUUUCUCCUCAGAUUCCUGGAAAUGUUGGGAGUAUUGCAAGAACAUGUGCAGCGUCAGGUGUGAAGCUCCACCUGGUUGAGCCAUUAGGAUUUGCCAUUGAUGAUACAAAGCUGAAGCGUGCGGGACUCGAUUACUGGCCAUAUGUUGUUGUGAAAGUGCAUAAGUCAUGGUCUGAAUUUCUGGACUAUUUCAGCAGACAGACCAAGGAAAAGAGGCUUCUGGCAUUUACUAAAAGAGGAGCAGUCAUCCAUUCAGACUUUUGCUACAAAAGGGGUGAUUGGCUGAUAUUUGGCUCAGAAACUAAAGGGUUGCCGCCUGAAGCCGUGCUUGAUUGCACGAACAAACCUCUGGGUGGUGGGGCGCUCCGCAUUCCAAUGGCGGAAACAUAUGUCAGGUGUUUGAACUUAUCCGUAAGUGUUGGCAUUGCUUUGUAUGAAGCUUCUCGACAGCUAAACUACGAGCAACUCCAGUCCUUGCCAGAAGAACCUUGCAUGCACAAAGAUACAUCAUUCGCUAAAGAAGACAUUUUCUCCUGAUCUGUCUUGUUGGGGUCCUCAAUCCUCUCGGAAAGACUACCUCUACCCAAAGAAGAGGUAAGUUCCACAAGGCUUGUUCCAUUAAAACUAAAAUCUAAUGUCAAAGAACUAACUCAACUAAAGGCUCAAGUUUGAG